CCCGCGUCCCUGCCCCCUCGCAGUCCGCCGCCCGCCUGGGACCGGGCCGCGCCCACCGCCGGGUCCGCGGGGCGGGGUCCCGGGGCAGCACCUGCCCCGCCUGGUGGGGCCGCUUCGGCCUGCUGAGCCCCUCUCCCCGGCUGGACCCCCGUCACACCUUCGGGGGGAGGGUAUCCUCCCUGGCUGACCUCCUGGCUGCCUGGACCCCACCCCCCAUCACCUUCUCUGGACAGCCCAGUACUGAAGAGAGGGUUUCUUCCAAGUGUCCUACGUAUCGAAAUCCAGCCCCUUUUCUUACAUCACCUCCUCUUGGGAGCCUGCCCUGAUUGCCUUCACCUCAUUUCUCGAAAAUUGGUAUCCAGGCAGAAGUUAACUGAAGCCUUAUGCAAAUGCCCUAGGAGUGUGCUGGCGGGAGGGGCACAGCCCCCGGUGAUGCAGAGCACCACGCUGGGAUUCAUCAGUUUGAGCUCCCUGAGGCCCUGCCGCCCCCAGGACCAUGUUUAACGGGGAGCCGGGUCCGGCCUCGGCCUCGGCCUCCAGAAAUGUGGUGCGGAGUUGCAGUAUCAGCGGAGAAAUCUGCGGCGCCCAGCAGGCUGGGGGCGGGGCCGGCGUCACCACCGCCAAGAAGCGGCGCAGCAGCCUCGGCGCCAAGAUGGUGGCCAUCGUGGGCCUGACACAGUGGAGCAAGAGCACACUCCAGCUCCCCCAGCCUGAAGGGACCACCAAGAAACUGCGCAGCAAUAUCCGGCGGAGCACAGAGACCGGCAUUGCGGUGGAGCUGCGAAGCCGGGUCACGCGCCAGGGCAGCCGGGAGUCCACCGACGGGAGCACCAACAGCAACAGCUCUGAGGGCACGUUCAUCUUCCCCACCACCCGGCUGGGGGCCGAGAGCCAGUUCAGCGAUUUCCUGGAUGGGCUAGGGCCAGCCCAGAUCGUGGGGCGACAGACGCUGGCAACACCGCCGAUGGGGGAUGUGCACAUUGCCAUCAUGGACCGGAGCGGCCAGCUGGAGGUGGAAGUGAUUGAAGCUCGGGGUCUGACCCCCAAACCAGGCUCCAAAUCCCUCCCAGCCACCUAUAUCAAGGUUUAUCUGCUUGAGAAUGGGGCCUGCUUGGCCAAGAAGAAGACAAAGGUGGCCAAGAAGACCUGUGACCCCCUGUACCAGCAAGCUCUGCUCUUUGACGAGGGGCCCCAGGGCAAGGUGCUGCAGGUGAUUGUCUGGGGAGACUACGGCCGCAUGGACCACAAGUGCUUCAUGGGCAUGGCCCAGAUCAUGCUGGACGAGCUGGACCUGAGUGCCACGGUCACCGGCUGGUACAAACUCUUCCCCACUUCCUCAGUGGCAGACUCCACACUCGGCUCCCUCACCAGGCGCCUUUCCCAGUCCUCCCUGGAGAGUGCCACCAGCCCCUCAUGCUCCUAAGGACCUCAGGAAGAGAGGCCAGGAUGGCGAUGAGCUGUCCUCCACCUGGAUGGAGAGAGAUGGCACGCAUUUGGAGCUAGGAGGUUGUCCAGUAGCAUUUCUGCAGUGGCUGCAGGGAGAUGGAAGAGAAAAGGCCUGCCUCCCUGCCUACCCCUGCCUGUCUUUCACUUCCACCUCCUCAGUUUUCUUCUCCAAUAUCCUGGUACAUAAAAGGUUCUUUAAAAUGCUGCUUUCUGCACUUGCUUGUCUUUCAUUGAAGGACCAGGGAGGAGAAGAGAAUGUUGAGUGCUUCCCUGCCUUGUCCCUCCGGCCAGAAAAGACUGGGGCAAAACAAAACAAUCAUGAUGAAAGGGUAGGUGAGGCCUGGAUGGGGGCAGGAGUGGCCUGGUCUGACUGGGAAAGGGUUAUUUUGAAAGAGUGCCUGAGCAUCUCAGAGCAAUGUCAGUGAUGCCAAAGAGAGCAACUCGGCCUCUGUGGGCACCCACUCUUCCGGUUGAGCUGGACAGUGUAGCUCAUAUGCUGGCAUGUGUGACAAUGGGGCCUUGUUCUCUGACAAAGGGCUUAAUCUUUCCAUGUAGCAAAGCAACUCCCUCUCCCCCCAACCCUGAGCUUGGGCUUUUGGGGCCCAGCAUGGCUGUGCCUGCAAGGGAAGCCACACCAGCGAGAGAAACCUGUGUUCUCUCAGAGGCCUGGACUGGCUUGGGGCGAGUGAUCGUUGAAAAACCUGAGCAUUACUGCAUUGGGGAAAACCUUCCAUGGCCUUAGCUGGAAACUUGGCCAGUUUCCCUGAGGCUGGGAGAGCUGCACUGUGUUCCAGGCAGCUUGGCUAACAGAAAUGGGCCCUGGAAUUCCAGGGCAAUAGAGCAUCCACCCAUUGGUCGAUGACCUGAGCAGCUGGCUGUGGGAAUCCAAGGCUGUUAUAUACAGUUUUGCCAGGAACUGUGACCUUGGGCAAGACUCUUCACUGUUCUGGGCCUCAGCUUCUUCAUCUGCAAAAUCAGAACAUUACCUGGUUGCUCCAUGGUUCCCUCCAGCUUUUGAAAUUCUCUGAUCUGGAGAUGAUGGUUGUGAGGCUGGUGUACCUGGCACUUGGUUCCGUGGGCUGGUUUCUUUCAACCCUUGUGCCCAAACUGGGUGCCAGACCUCAUCCAGUCCAUGCCCAGAUGCUGCUUCCAACCAGAACUCUGGGAAUCCUAACUGACUCUGCUUUCACCUCUUUGUCGUUUGUGCUCCCUUUUAUUCUUAUGUAGUGAUGAGAAAUGACUAGGGUUGUCUACAAAUGGACAAUGUUCAGGUUGCUGAUAUGAUGUCACAACCUCAGCUGCAUCCUGAGUAGGUCAUUAUCUGCAUCCCCACCCCCACCCCCACCCCCAGCGAUGAGGCUGGGCCAUUCCUCAUUUCUGCUUCUAGAAUGACAUCAGUGGAAAAGUUGAAGACCUGAGAAUUUUAAAGGAAAUGCUCUCUAAUGGGAUGAGAGAGGAAACUUAUUUCCCUUCAAAAUGUUUUGCUUUGUAAGAACACUCUCCUCUCUCCAGAAUGUCCUUUUGAUGGACGUCACCUCGUAGACAGAGUGGCUGCUGCUUUGGAAAAUUGGCCUGAUCUGUCAACCUCCUUUAGAAUGUAAAUCCACAGGAGGCAGGAACCCCCUUUUUAGAAUUUCCAAAUGCAUCCUGUAAAGAAAGAGAGAGCUGCUAGGGCCUGACAAGCACACUGUUUAGAUAAGAAGCAAAUAGCCUUUUGUAUCUGUGCUCUAUACAUUUUAUAUGUGCAGCAUUUUCCAAACUUGUUGUGAUUCCUGGGUGGCAGGUGGACAGCUGGGAAGGACUGCCGGCUGUUGUGUACAUUCUUGCCAAUUCCCUUGAGGAGACAACUCUUCACACGGCUUCUGCAUGUACAGUAUUUGGGCAGCAAAAAAUGAUUAAAGUCAGUUUGAAAGUG